ACGUGCAACCUUCAACACGGACGCCGCCAUAUUUUCGAAAAUUCGUGCAAGGUAGAAUAGCGAAUCGCUUUGAAUGUCAAGACAAUGGGAUAGAGCACACGUAUAUUGCUUUUCAAUUAAAAACCGUACACUGCACUUGUAAAUACAGUUAUUUGAGAUAUUAAUGUUGUCUACCCAGCUUGCUAAAUCUUAACCUGACCUGCCUGCUAUCCGGAUCUUUGUAGCACAACAGAGAUUGUUUCCGGGGGGAACAUAUCUUGUUGUUACACACAUGUUCACAUGUGAGGAAAAACGAUGGCUACCGCGGAUAUAGGUAACACGUUGGAGUGUUGUUUAAAGCUACUAAACAUAAAAACUGCACAUCCAGAACAUUUUCUUAGUCUUCAGGGUGCCGUGGCAAAAGACUUCACUUAUCUCACUAAGACCCUGUAUGAUUUACACAAAACCCACGAGCCAGCAGGCUCAAAGGGAAGCCCUCUGGACCAGCUGGUGGUUGACAACUUUGACGAGGAACAGAUAUGGCAGGAGCUGGAGCUCCAGAAUACUGCAGUGCUGAAGCACUUUGAGACAGCAGUGAGUCAGGCUGCCUUGGAUACAGCUCUGAGUAUCCUGUUUGAUGAAGAGGAUGCUGAUGAGGAGCCAGAUGAAGGGGUUGAACAAGAUGGUGAAGAGGAGACGAGACAUGGGGAUUUGGAAGAUGAUGGGCAAGGAGAAGAACCACCCAUGCUUAAAACUGCUAUGGAUGCCUUGAGAGGGGAUAACACAGACGAGGACUCUGAUGUAGAUUUUGAUGUGGACGCAUUAGAAAAACAAGCUAAACAGAAGAAAUUCUCAGCGGCGAGAGAGUCAAAACCACUGGGUCCUCCAUCAGAGGUUGAUGACAGGUUCUUCAAGCUCUCAGAGAUGGAGUCCUUUCUGGACGAUAUGGACAGAAGGGAGGGGAAGGAGGGGGACGGUGAUGUAGACUACUUCCAGGACUUGCCCUCUGGAGAUGAAGAUGAAGAUGAUGACGUAGACCUCUUCAGUGAAGAUGUUUCCAAAAAAAACAAAAAAACAAGCACACUGAAAAGUUCCAGGAAUCUGAAGUACAAAGAUUUCUUUGAUGCUGUGGAUGAUGAUCCUGCACAAACAGCUGACCAAUCAGACGCAGAGGAUGAGGACAACAGUAUAGAUGGAAUGCAAGAUGAUGAUGAUGAAGAAGAAAAAGAAAAUGAGGACUUCGUUGAGGAUGAAGAGUGCAGACAAGCCAAGGAGGCUUUGAAACGGGUGACCUUUAACCUACCUGGAGAAAGUGAUGCCAGUGAGGGAGAAGACAUGGCGGACAUCUUUGGAGGAAAGUCUCAAAAUACAACAGAACCUGAAUCCAAAUCAUCCUUUGAGAAACGACAAGACAAGAUGGCUGAAAAGAUCCAGGAUUUGGAAAAGGCUGCCAUGGGAGAGAAGCCAUGGCAACUAACAGGAGAGGUGUCUGCUCAGACUCGCCCAGAAAACAGCCUUCUUGAGGUGGAUGUGGCAUUUGAAUCGGCCUCCAGGAUGGCCCCUGCUGUAACAGAGGAAACCACUUUGCAGCUGGAGGACAUAAUCAAGCAGAGGAUUAAAGACCAGGUGUGGGAUGAUGUGGUGCGUAAGGAGAAGCCUAAGGAAGAGGUAUUUGAGUACAAGAAGAGGCUGACUCUGGACCAUGAGAAGAGCAAGCUGAGCCUUGCAGAGGUUUAUGAGCAAGAGUACCUCAAGCAGAAUCAGCAAAAGACAGAGGAUGAAGAAAACCCAGCCCAUGUAGAAAUUCAAAAGCUCAUGGAUUCUCUAUUCCUUAAACUUGAUGCUCUCUCUAACUUCCACUUCACACCCAAACCGCCUGUUCCUGAAGUGAAAGUUGUCUCCAAUUUGCCUUCUAUUGCUAUGGAGGAAGUUGCGCCAGUCAGUGCUAGUAGUGGCUCUCUAUUGGCUCCAGAGGAAGUCAAGGAGAAGAACAAGGCUGGCGACUUGCUGGGUGACUCUGAAAAGACCUCCACAGACAAGAAACGAGAGAGACGCAAGAAGAAGAAGGUGAAGCGCGUCAAGAUCCACGAGAAGGAGAAGAAGCAGAAACUGAAGGAGGCUAAUAGAACUGGAGAGAAUAAGAAACAAUCAAAGGCAGAGGUGGCAGAAAACCUCAAGAAACUCACAAAGGGAGGCAAAGCAACAUUAUUAAAGGAUGAGGGGAAGGAUAAAGCUCUCCGCUCCUCCUCCGCCUUCUUCUCCCAACUACAAGACCAAGUGAAGAGCCAGAUCAAAGGAGUCAAGGACCCGGGCUCCAAGAAGAAGAAACACAAAGAAGUCUCAGCCAGCAAACUCAAAUUGUAACAUUUAGAUUGUUAUGAUGUAUGUGUUAUGGUAAUGCGUAUUUCUUUGUACAGAUUUUUAAAGCGAACGCUGCAAUUUAUGUUAACCAGUGCUCUCGCAAAAUUGUCAUUUGCAAUAAAUAAAUUAAAAAGCUGAUGUAA